UUCCGUGGUGUGGUCUUCCUUCUUUUGUGAUGUGUGUACCAAACAUGUUUGGGUUAAUUUUAAAAUUCUACAUUUCAUAUUGUUAAUUUAUUUUAACUACCAUCGACAAUGGGAGUACCAGCAUUUUUCAGGUGGUUGAGCAGAAAAUAUCCUUCUGUAAUCGUGCAUUGCGUCGAACAGAAACCAGUAGAUAUAAAUGGAGUUCGAUUGCCAACUGAUUCCUCGGAACCAAAUCCGAAUGGGGUCGAAUUUGAUAAUUUAUAUCUUGACAUGAACGGUAUAAUACAUCCUUGUACACAUCCUGAGGAUCGACCCGCUCCAAAAAAUGAAGACGAGAUGAUGGUGGCAAUAUUCGAAUGCAUUGACAGAAUUUUUAAUAUCGUUAGACCACGUAAACUUCUUUAUAUGGCUAUUGAUGGAGUUGCUCCGCGAGCAAAGAUGAACCAACAACGUUCCAGACGUUUCAGGGCCUCUAAGGAAACUUGGGAGAAAAUUCAAGAGAUAAAACGGAUUAGAGCCGAAUUGUUGCUGAAAGGAAUUGUAUUGCCCCCCGAGAAACCCAAGGAAGAACAUUUCGAUUCUAACUGUAUCACUCCUGGUACCCCAUUUAUGGCUAGGUUAUCCGAAUGUUUACACUACUACAUUCACGAAAGGCUUAAUAACAGUCCUGGAUGGAAAGGAAUAAAGGUAAUUUUAUCAGAUGCCAAUGUACCGGGAGAAGGCGAACAUAAAAUCAUGGACUAUAUCAGAAAGCAGAGAGCCCAACCGGAUCACGAUCCCAAUACCCAGCAUUGCCUAUGCGGUGCCGAUGCAGAUUUGAUCAUGUUGGGCUUGGCUACACACGAACCAAACUUUACCAUCGUCCGUGAAGAGUUCAAACCGAACAAACCCAGACCAUGUGAAAUUUGCGGACAGAUAGGUCACGAAAUGAAGGACUGCAUCGGAGGAAGUCAGUCGGAACAAGAGAAACCCGCCGACGUAUUUCUCGGUGACCAAACCGACUAUAUCUUUGUCAGACUGAACGUCUUGAAGGAAUACCUGGAGAAGGAGCUUUUCAUGCCCAACCUGCCGUUCAAGUAUGAGUUCGAACGGGUGGUGGACGACUGGGUAUUCAUGUGCUUCUUCGUGGGGAACGAUUUCUUACCGCAUCUCCCUAGCUUGGAGAUCAGAGAGGGCGCCAUCGACCGUUUGGUUACCCUUUACAAAGAUUGUGUGUACAAAACAGGUGGUUAUUUGACCGACAGCGGCGACGUGAAUUUGGAAAGGGUCCAGCUGAUCAUGUUGGAACUGGGCAAAGUCGAGGAUCAAAUCUUCAAAACGAGACAGCAGAAGGAACUUCAGUUUAAGGCUAGGGAGAAGGCGAAGAAGAGGAGGUCAGAUGGUUUUAACGAGUACAGACCGAAUUGGAAUCUCGUGAAGAAUACCCAGUUUGCUCCGCAAGCUGUGGGUCAGCAGAAAGCUGUCGUCAAUGCCCGACAAGAGGCCUAUAACAUUCGAAGGGCCGGCAUGCAUACCCAAGCCCAGUUGCAAACGCUCGAUAGAAGGACCGCCCUGAACUCGAUGUUCCAUCCGGCAGGAUCGACUUCGCAUUCUGAGAGUUCCUCGCAAGGCCAGAAGAGGAAAAUCGAUGAAGCCCAGAAAGACGAGGAUUCCGACGACGAUCAAGCCCACGACGAGGUACGGUUGUGGGAGGACGGUUUCAAGGAACGCUAUUAUGAGUCAAAGUUUGACGUGCCUGCAGAUAAUCUGGAAUUCAGAUAUUCCGUCGCCCUGCAUUACGUCAGAGGGUUGUGCUGGGUGCUGAGGUAUUAUUACCAGGGUUGCGCCUCGUGGAAAUGGUAUUUCCCUUACCAUUAUGCGCCGUUCGCCUCUGACUUCUGCAACAUCGCCGGCCUGAGUACUGAAUUCGAAACUGACACGAAACCAUUCCGACCAUUGGAACAGCUUAUGGGGGUAUUCCCCGCCGCCAGUUGCAAACACGUACCUGAACCCUGGGGAGAACUCAUGUCCAGUCCGGAAUCCCCCAUCAUAGAUUUCUACCCGGAAGAUUUCAAGAUCGACUUGAACGGGAAGAAAUUCGCUUGGCAGGGCGUUGCACUGUUGCCGUUUGUGGAGGAGAAGAGAUUGUUCAAGGCGUUGGAGCCUUAUUACAAGAAACUGACGCCUGCCGAGAUAAAACGGAAUAUAAGGGGCGACGACAGGCUGUACGUGUCUCAUCAAAAUAGCGGUUAUGACCUGCUGAAAAAUCUAUACAUACAGAAGGUCGACAUGGAGGCGGAAUGCGCUGUUUCCAUCGACGGAAUGCAGGGAACCGUCCUCGUAUCCGAUGUGUGCAUCAAAGUUGGCGGUUACCUGGAAUCGCCCGUUAAGGAUCUGGCGCCUCUUACGGACAACAUCGUCUGUUGCGUGAGGUAUAGGGAUCCCAAGUACACGAGGGGCUUCAUAUUCCAGGCCAGGAAGUUGAAAGGGGCCAAGGACCCGCCCAAGGUGUUGAAACCCUCGGAUCUGGCGCCGGAACAGAAUAGGAACUGGAGAGCGCAGAUCGGCAUGGCCCCCGCCACACAAAGGGCGAAUUUGGAUAUAUCUGGGCACAGGAUGUUAGGACACCACGUACCGAAACCUCAAGGAACGUACUCAAACAUUCCCCCUCCGGUUAAUCUGGACAGAAGAAAUAAUUACCAGAAUCGAAGUAAUUAUCAAGGCGGAAGUGGUUACGGCAAUCAAAGAAGUUUCGACACUCAGGGCAACACCUACAGCAAUUACAGUAACCAGGGCAACCAAGGCGGUUACUCGCGUGGGGGCGGCAACUUUAACAACUAUAACAACCGUUACGGCAAUUUCCAGCAAAACAGGAACCAGGACGAGCAGUCCAGGCGUCCCCCAGGGCCGUAUCGGGACAGGUUCGAGAGUUCUAACCGUUACAACUACAGGAGAUAGGUUUUAAACUUUUUACAAAACAACAAAUAAAUAAUAAGAAAUCUAAAUCUGCCUCUUAUUGCCUCUGGUGAUUGUUUACAAAUUUUUCGUGGACAAAAUUUCGGGAAAAUUCGCCGUAAACAAUUACACAAAAUCUUACCAAAGCAAUUUGUUCGAUUUAGUGGUACAGAGGUAGGUAGUUUUAUUUUUUAAUUAGAUUUGCUAAUAUUGUUUUCUACGCUGGUUGAUGGUUUAAAAAUUAUUUAGUUUGCAAAAAUAACGAAUUAUUUUAUCAGAUGUUAUACAGGGUGUUGGAAUAUUCCUUUUGUAUAUUCGAAUUGCGUUCUUGGAAGUACACAGUAAAAUAACCAGAAUUAAUUACAUUUUUAAAUAAAAAUUUAAAGAGCCGUUUUGAUUUUUCGUGGAAUUAACCAAUAUGAUUUUUUUUUAUUUUUUAAUGCAGUACAAUUGGUAGAAUAUAUUAACGAAAUUACCCAACACUCGGUAUGAAUUCAGAGCCGACAUUUGGCAUUGUCAUAUGUGAAUAUCGGGCGUUCUAUCGGGAUGAUAAAUAUUUAUGUAUGUUCGUUUAAAAUAAAAUAUUGGUUUUAACAAUGAUUUGUACUUUUAGUUCUGUCACAUAGGGUUGCUUAUGUAGGUUGGCCACCCUAAUAAGAGUAGCAGCAUAUAUUUUAUCAAAGAAUUUUGUAUAGUGUUUGCGUUUUAAUAGAUGUAAAAAAAAUCAAAUAAAAUGGUGGUGACACUGACAA